UAUGAUGCUUGAAAACAACAAGAAAUAGAACACGAUCUGUUGAUAUUUACCUUCUGACGAAAAGUUGCUGAAAACUGCGAUCAAAGGUUAUUAACUCUUUAUUCCCAUCACAGUAAAACUGAGACACAAUCAAGGAAAACAUUCUUUUACCAUGGCCAUGAACCACCUGGGGGAUCUGACAUCAAAAGAGGUGAAAUCAAUGCUCAAUGGGUAUCUUGGAACUAAGAAAUUUGCCAACAAAACGAAAUUUGAUGCAGUAACCUUUCUACCACCAUCCAAUGUAAAUCUGCCCAAAGAUGUGGACUGGAGAAAGAAAGGCUAUGUGACUCCAGUGAAAAACCAGAAAGCCUGUGGAUCUUGUUGGGCAUUUAGCACAACUGGUUCUCUGGAAGGACAACACUUCAAGAAGACAGGAAAACUAGUGUCUCUGAGUGAACAGAAUCUUGUAGACUGUUCCCAAAAAUUUGGUAACAAUGGCUGUGAGGGUGGACUGAUGGAUAAUGCAUUCAAAUAUAUCAAGGCUAAUGGUGGAAUUGAUACUGAGGAGAGCUAUCCCUAUCUUGCACAGGAUGAACAGUGUMAUUUCAAGAAACAAGAUGUAGGUGCCACUGACAGUGGAUAUGUAGAUGUCAAAACCCAAAGUGAGAAAGACCUACAAAUGGCUUCAGCAACAGUGGGUCCCAUCUCAGUAGCCAUCGAUGCAAGCCAUACUUCCUUCCAGUUCUACAAGAAUGGUGUCUAUGACGAGCCAGAUUGUAGUAGCCUUCAGUUAGACCAUGGUGUACUGGCGGUUGGUUAUGGUGUAUCAGAUGAUGGCAUUGAUUACUGGCUCGUCAAAAACAGCUGGGGAACGACUUGGGGCAUGGAUGGUUACAUCAUGAUGUCUCGUAACAAGAACAACCAGUGUGGUAUUGCAACUAAUGCUAGUUAUCCUCUGGUGUAAUAACACGCCAGGACAUAGAUAGGACAGGGUAUAGUCUUGUUCUAUUGCCUUCAAAGUUUAGAGAAAGCUAAAUAGUGCUAGCAUGCUUUCCAUUCUUAGUCAUUGAAAUGUAUAGACUCAAUUCAAAAGGUUAAUUCCAUCAGUUAAAUGGAGAAUUCAAUCAGUAGGAGCUAAACGUCAAGAAUGAGAAACAAUAGUUUUAAUUUUUUUUAGCAAUAGAAAGUUGGUUUUUAGAAUGUAAAUCUUCCAGCGCUGUGGUCAUGGGUGUGAUCGUCAGACUUACAAUCAUAUCUUAGUAUAUUUUAGUUACUCGUUGGUUCUCUCAGACUGUGCUUCGAGAUUUAGUGCUAUUUUUCUCCGGGUUUUUUGGUUUUUCUUCCUAUAAAAAAAAAAAAAAAAAAAAAAAAAAAAAAAAAAAAAUGAUGAGUUUGAAAUUCCAGCUCGUGUCCACGCGUUGUACUUUCUUCUCAGUUUCAUUCCAUAAUUUUUAUUUUAUUUUAAAUAAUUUUAAGUUCAAAAAAUGUUCUCUUGGAUUCGCCCAAACCUUCCUCUUACGAGUAUAAACUUAAUCGUGUGAAAAUUGUUCACUAUUUUAUUUAAACAAAACUACACAACCUAGUUUAUAUUUAAACAAGAUAAAUAUUUAUAGACACAAGGUCAAUAUUAAAUAAAUGUUGUAUGUGCAACGCAAAAGCCAUCGUUAUGAUGCAACUCAGAAUAUUACCAUGAGAACCAAAAGGCAGAUAUGGCGGUCAUGUUGGUGCUAAUAGAGUUCUUCAACUCCAAAUUUCCAGGAAGGUUUUUGGCUUUUUGUUUAUCUAACACGGAAGUAACAACACGAGAACUUGAAAAGCGCUCUAAACCAAAAGAACGAGUAAGAAAUCUUGUGUUUAAAAUGUCAACAUGUUCGCCAUUAAUUAUCAUUGAUUAUAAGAGAGCGAUUGACCGAACUCGUAAUUACAAAUGCCGACAGUUUAGUUUGCUGUGCAAUACUGAAUUUGCUGUGCAAUACUGAUGCCCAAGUAAUAGCAGUAUAAUAAACAAUAGAUUGACAAAAAAGUGUUA